AUGUACCACAAGAGGGCGUGUCCUUUACCACCCUAUAUGAAUUGGAACAGCUCGAAAAGAUUUGAGUCAAAGAUCCGUUCUUCGUAUCUCCGUUAUCAGCGUAAAUGCGUCUGUAAUGGGUUUCUAACGGAGGUUUAUUCCUUGGAGGCAACGGUAUGUGCCACUUCUCUACAAAGAAAGAACUCAUCUUGCUGUUGCAGACCUGCACCGUGUUCAUAA